UUGAGGGCCCCAAAACCACAUUUUGCUUAGGGCCCCAUGGAGGCUUGGGCCAACCCUGCCUACAACACAUGGCAGAGGUCAGAGUGUCUCUGCUGUCGUCUGUUUGUUGACAAUAAGCCACGCUGCGGUUCUGCUUUCAGCUGUGUUGGGGUGGAUGAAGACGAUGCGCCGGACAUCGACAUCUAUCACUGCCCAAACUGCGAGAAGACCCACGGCAAAUCCACAUUGAAAAAGAAAAAGAACUGGAGCAAACACGACACGGGGCAAAGCACAGACAUCCGGGCGGUUCAGAACGGCAGCCAGGUUUUCAUCAAGGAGCUGCGCAGUCGAACGUUCCCCAGCGCUGACGACAUCGUGGUGAAACUGAGCAGCAGUCAGCUGACCCUGGACUACCUGGAGGAGAACGGCUUCAACGAACCCAUCCUGGUUCAGAAGAAGGACGGUCUGGGCAUGUCCAUGCCUCCCCCAACCUUCUACAUCAGUGAUGUGGAGAAAUAUGUUGGUCCAGACGUCCCCGUGGACGUGGUGGACGUCACCAAACAGACCGACAGCCAGAUGAAGCUCAAAGAGUUUGUUGACUAUUACUACAGCACAAACAGGAAGAAGGUUUUGAACGUCAUCAACCUCGAGUUCUCAGACACCAGAAUGAGCUCCAUAGUGGAGAGCCCGCAGAUCAUACGGCGGCUGUCCUGGGUAGAAAACUACUGGCCCGACGACGCCUUGCUCGGGAAGCCGAAGGUCACCAAAUACUGCCUCAUCUGCGUGAAAGACAGCUACACCGACUUCCACAUCGAAUGUGGUGGAGCCUCGGUGUGGUACCACGUCCUGAAGGGAGAGAAGAUCUUCUUUCUCAUCAAGCCCACAUCGGCCAACCUGUCUCUGUACGAGCGCUGGAGGUCGUCGUCCAAUCACGGAGAGAUGUUCUUCGCCGACCAGGUGGACAAGUGUUACAAAUGCACCCUGAAGCAAGGCCAGACGCUCUUCGUCCCGUCAGGAUGGAUCAACGCGGUGCUGACUCCAGUCGACUGCCUGGCUUUCUCCGGACACUUCGUCCACAACCUGAGUGUGGAGAUGCAGAUGAGAGCGUAUGAAAUCGAGAAGAGGUUGAAGGUCAAGACUCUCACCCCGUUCCCCAACUUUGAGACGGCGUGCUGGUAUGUGGGGCGCCACUUGUUGGAGCGGUUCAAAGGUUUACACAAAGCAAAUAAGCAGCCAGCUCCAUACCUGAUACACGGUGCCAAAAUCAUCAACGGAGCCUUCAGAGCGUGGACUAAAAAACAGGCUCUCCUGGAACACGAAGAUGAGCUACCAGAGAACAUGAAACCUUCCCAGCUCAUCAAGGACCUAGCCAAAGAGAUCAGGCUGUCAGAGAAUGCAACAAAAGCCAUUAAGAGCGAGCCCAGCAUCAAGGCACCCGUGGAGGAACCAGCAUUUACCCACUCCGAGCCCGACGAUCCCGUUUCCCCAGCAACCAUCCCGUCUCCCAGCAGAGAAAAACCCAAGAAAAAAGCCCCCAAAUCCCAGAAGCCUCCAAAGGCGCCCAAGGCCCCCAAACCUCCGAAGGUCAAAGACGGGGAAAAGAAGAAAGUGAAAAAGAUAAAGGAGUUGUCACCGCCUCCGAAGCCUUCCAGCUUUGCCGCCCUGGAGUCUCACGCCAAGGAGAUCUUGAGUCAAAUGGACCAGCAAAAGAAGCCAAAGGUUGUCAAAAAUGUCCUGAGUGUGUCCGAGAAGGAAACGUCAAAGCAGAACAACAUGGACAAGUUCGAAAUCAGAGAGCAAAACAAAAACAAGACGGAAGCCAAAUGGAAGUACAAGAACAGUAAACCGGAUUCCUUGCUGAAAAUGGAGGAGGAGUGCAAGUUUGACAGAAUACCGCUGUCAGGCAAUAAAGACAGAUUCAGCUUUACUAUGUCUCACAGGAAACUAGCCAGCUCCAAGAUGCUGAAACCUCAGACCAACUCAAGUAUUUUCGGAUCGUUACAAAACCUAAAAGAGGACAAAACCAAGCCAGUGAGAGACGAGUACGAGUACGUCUCGGAUGAGGGCGAGCUGAAGAUAGAUGAGUUCCCCAUCAGGCGGAAAAAGAACACCGUUAAGAGAGAUCUUUCCUUCUUAUCAGACAUCAGAGAACCCCUUCAGCCGGCCAAAAAGGCAAAGUCGCAACCCUUAGUGAGCAAGCAGAGCGUGGACUCCUCAGACGAAGAGACCUUGCACAUAGACACGGAGGCCAAGCCUGAGGUCAAGAGUCGCAACUCUAAGGUGAAGAAGAAGAGCGGAAGUGCCGCAGGGAUCCUGGACCUGCUGCAGGCCAGCAAACAAGUGGGCGGGAUCGACUACAACACCAACAGCCAGCCGCCUGCGUCUCCCAGCACACAGGAGGCCAUCCAGGGCAUGCUGUCCAUGGCCAACCUGUCCUCCUCGGAGACCCUGGAGCAGCCGUGGAGCAACAGCCAGUCAAAGAGCAACUCGCACGGCUCGCAGGCGUACAAGAAGAGCGGCGCGGGAGCCGGCGGGAGCAGCAACAGCAAGCGGCCCACCAAGAGGCUCCCGAAGAAACCCCGAAAAAGCAGCAGCAUCGAGAGCCUGGACUAUGACGACGACGAGCAGGAUCACAUGGAUGCAUGUUUCAAAGACAAAGACUCCGACUACGUGUACCCGUCGUUGGAGUCCGAAGAGGACAAUCCCGUUUUCAAAUCGAGAUCCAAAAAGAGGAAAAGCAGCGACGACACUCCGCUGUUGUUGCAGCGCGGGGUCGGACCCCUCGGUACCACUCGGCACGAGCGACCGGCGAGAGAAGGAGCCCGCGUGGCUUCGAUCGAAACGGGGCUGGCCGCCGCCGCGGCCAAGCUGUCUCACCAGGAGGAGCAGCAAAGGACCAAGAAGAAAAAGAAAAGCGGCAAGAAGAAGAGCGCGGCGGCGGAGGAGCCGCCGAAACACUCUCAGGACAGCAGCUCCCCGGACCACAACGCCGACUCGCAGGAAGGCAGCCUGACCGACCACGAGUUCACCACCGGCACCGCCAAGUCCCCGGGCGGGCCGCAGCCCAUGGCGCCGGGGAUCUUCCUCAGCCAGAGGCGGCCGUCGGUGUCCUCUCCCAACAACAGCACCAACUCCACGAGCACCAACAGCAGCAGCGCCGCCAGGGCGGACCGACUGGGCCCCGCAGACGCCAAAGCUAAGCGGCUAAAGAAAGGCAUGGCGACGGCCAAACAGAGACUGGGAAAGAUCCUAAAGAUCCAUCGAAACGGAAAGCUCCUCCUGUAGCACGCAGCAGCAGCAGGCCGUUAAUGGACUGGGCCGGUUGACCGACUGGCCGGUUGACCGACUGGGCCUCGUCCCAGACUCGCAACCUGCUCACUAACAAAAAGUCAACAAGAGGAGAAUUAGGAAAAAAUAAAAAAAUAAACUGAAACGACGCAGGAGCGGAGGAAAAUCAUGCAUUUUUCAAUUUCUAAGAAGAACAUCACUCAGAUAGGUUUUUGCCUCUACUUAUACUUUAUAACUUUCAGAUAUUAAAGUGUACAGAAGCUAUUAUAAAUAUUUUUUAAGAGAACAUGUCUCAUUUUACUACAGCUGUCAUUUUAUCAGGGGUUGCUCAAUAGAAGUACAUUGCAGUCAUUCCAAGAUUUGCGAAAGUAUCCCCUGCAUGUGUAUGAGUUGCAUGCGUGCUUCGGGUCGGGGGUCGGCGGAGUAGAGGGGUUCGGGAGGUGUGCGGGGGAGGGAGGGGCUCCUACCCACGGAUGCAGCUUAUCAUUGUCAGACUGAGCCGGAAUCUUCCUGGAGCGUCGGAUCGGAUCAGCACCGACCCCAAGCAGCAUUUAUGCCUUCACAGCCACACUUACCGUUCGCAGAGCACUAUCAGCGCCGCCACUUAUUUAUUCUAGUUCGAGUCGUUAGGUAGGAAAACGGAAACCAACGACUGUAAAGCACAAAGCACACCGAGUCCGGACGUUUCUCCAACGUGAACGUAGAUCGACGCACAUCGGCGGACCGGACCAGGGGAACCAGGGAGGUGGGGGGGGGGGAAGCGGAGGAACCGGGACGCGACGCGGGAACACGACGAUGAGCCUCAUCCCCGACAGAGACGCAGUCACACGGGGAUACUUUCUCUCUUCCUUUGCUUCCACAGGCAGCACAGCACACUUUCCACUUGUUUCUGUGUUUUUUGUUUUGUUUUAAUGGCUCCACUGUAUAGAAUGUAGCUUUGUACAUAGCCUUUUAAGUUUUUGUAUCUUUUUUUUUUAUUAUUUUUUUGCCUCCCACUUAAUUCUACAUUUUUACUUUUUUUUGUUAUACAUAUAUAAUUUAAUUUGAAAAGUAUCUAUGUAUGUAUAUGAAUUUCCGAUAUUGUCCUCCUUUUCCGCCUCUCCGGUCAUCAGUGCUGCCUUGGGAAACAACAGAAGGAAUUAGCCGACAUGUUUAUCGUCAUAUGGCCUUACAUACACAAAGCUAACUGUAUUGUGAUUCUGUUUGAGCGAGAAGUGAAGCUUUGAGGAGAAAAAACUGUAGAAAAGAAGAAAAAAAACAAACAAAGUUUCUAUGACCAGCCACUUGUCCGACUUCUAGUAUCCUGAAGGUUUCAGAAUUAUUUUACUAGCACCUUGUGAAGUGUUUCUGUGUCAGUGAUGUAAUUUAUUAAUGUUUGUAGCUUUUUUAUACUUGUACAAUUCUUAAGAGGUUUUGCUUUUGGAUAUAUAUCAUCAAAGUUGUGAAACGACCCUUUAAUUUGUUUGUUUUUUUUCCAUGUUGCGGUGCGUGUCGGAGGCGUCGCACUAGAGCUCGCCGGUCGCCCUCCGCCCCGUCCCGCCAGACGUGUGUCACGUGUUCCUGCAGCGGCGUCCAUCGCGUCUCCACCGGGACGUUCUCUCUCCUCUCGUCCUCUCAGCAAUUACUUUUUUUUUCCCUUUGAGGUUUUUAAUUUGUACAGUACAUGUGUUGCUUUGUCGUGAUUUAUUUUUGUAUGUCUGACUCAUUAAAUGCAUCCACUGUGCCCCAGCAGUGAAUCAUA